CUUACAGGUUUUUUGGGGGUCAAAUGUCCUUCCUUCAGAAGUUCAGCUGCCUCAGAGAAACUGCAUACACCAAAACACAGAUGAAAUGGGGCUUUAUUAGAAACAGACAGACUUCCAAAAAGCCAAAUCAAUAUCCCUUGGGACUUUUUUCUUUGUAGGCAGAGCUCACAGCUUGUGUCAAAUAUCCACGGUCUUACACCAGACAGCUAUGCUAUGGUGAUGAUCCUUCUCAAACGCUUGUUCAGCCGCAUGGUUGGAGUUGAGUGGCUGCACGAACCUGCUAAUAUUUUGCCCCUUCUACUGCCCUCAGCUGCAGGAACAGCUCUGGAGUCAGUAGCUCUGAUGUGUCAAACCACUUCCUCCACACAACGGCACGCACUGCGACGCUGAGCAUUAAGCUUGAUUUCCUGGAUAAAAGCUACUAAUACCUGAAGAGAGAGCAGCUUUUAAUCUUUCUUGCGGAGCCAGUCAGUGAAACAACCAUUUGCUGACCACAGAGUCCUUGCUGUGCACACAGGGUAGUUCUAGGGCUAACCAUGCAGUAGGUAGCUUGUAGGGUCAGCCAACACCAACCCAUCGCUUCUCUGAAUCUUCACCAUCCUCGGCGUUACGGAGAAAAGAUGUAAACAAGUCCCAUGGAGCUCAAGUGCCUUUUGAUGUGGCUCUUGCUUGGAUCCAUCAUGGGAACAAGGGCAGAAAAAUGUCCAUCUCUUCCGAGUAAUGAAUUUGCUGAUGUGGCUGCUGAAACAUAUCCACUGAAGACCAAACUGCGUUAUGUAUGUGACAGUGGCUACAAGAGAAGAAGUGGGAACUCCUUGACAAUUCGGUGUCAGAAUAUAUCAGGGACUGCUUCUUGGGUCUACGAUGAACUUGUAUGUAUUGCUGAGAAACCUUCGUUCUCAAGGAACCAAACAGCUAAGUUAAAUUCUACACCAGAGCCAGCAAGAGAAACCCAGAGCUCAGCACCCUCAAAGCAAGAAAAAAUUUCAAGUUUCUGUGGUAUGCCCAAAACUGUCCCACAUACCUCUCUAAGCGCACAACAGCAAUAUUCGGUGGGGCAAGUAUUACAUUUCAAAUGCCCGACUGGCUACAAUAAGCAACUUCCUGAAUCUGGCACCAUCACGUGCAAGAAUGUGAACGGAAUAAUCAAGUGGAUGCCCCUUGAUACGCCAUGUACCAAUGACAGCAGCCCUAUAAACAAGCAGCUGUCACAUCUUAUUGAGUCAUCUUUUUCAUUCUGCUUCUCCAUUCUGCUGUCUUUGUGUGACUCACCGAGCAGAGACGGUAAAUGGGAAGGAACCAGGAAAAUGUGAGAUCUAAAAACAUCCCUGGAAGAGCUCUCAGACCGGAUCUACCACUUCAUUAUUGCGCUGCUUGGAUUUCUGAAUACCUUCUCUGGUAUCGGAUAAAUGACCCUGGAUUUUAGGUUGUCUUGUUCAGCUGUUAAAUACUGGUACAAGAAAAGGAGGAAUCGGAUCUUCUGAAAUCAAAAAGUGUGCAUAAAACUGCUUUGCCUCAGCCAUUGUGGAACCGAGAAUGACAGUUCAAAUAACGGGUGGAAAAUGAAUCCUGUGAGGAAAUUAAGGUUAAUUAUGCAAAUGUGUUGGUUUCAGAUAGAUUGCGCAAUCAGUCUUUUUCUCUCUGGCUGAUCUGUGGGAAGUCUGAUGGAGCAUCUGCCACCACCACCACGUAGUUCUUUGUCCUUCAUCCCCCUGAUUUCUCAGGCGUGCCAUGACAACUUUGUACUGCAGACUUAUUUUAGUCUGGCCUCCUCUCUGUUUCUAUUACUACACUGAGAUGUAACUUGUCCUCGUUCAGAGGCUCCUCCGCCUACGUAAUCUGAAGCGUCCCUAUUUCACACUUGGAAGUUCUCCUUUUCUCCUCUUUCUUUGCGAAUGCUCAUUCCAGUUUCUCCUCUUGUUCUUUGCUAAUUACUAAUGGGCUCUGCUUCUCUGCUGAAUGGGGACUUUUCUCUACAAGGCGGAGGGAAUCAUAGAAUAGAAUCAUAGAGUAGUUUGGGUUGGAAGGGACCUCAAAGAUCAUCUAGUUCCACCCCCCCUGACACAGGAAAGAACUUUGUGAAGCCAUCAGCAGUGUUUUUAACAGUGCUUUUAGCCAGUUUGUGAUAGGAUAAAGCCAUAGGAAGUGUAGACAAUGCUCUGAAACUUGUUUUAGUGAACACGGCCUACUGUGCUACAGAUUGCCUGGGCCAUUAUGAGGUUUCUGAGAAAACGAUAUGUGAAAAAUUGUCAAUAAUUAUCUAUAUCUCCCUGACCCUCUGGUGGGACAAGGGCUGAAAUAACCAAUCCCAGAUGAAGCAGUAACUGAGGUCCUAAGUGGUGUCUUCUGCAGAAAUUGAUGACUGAUUGCUCAGGUUGCCCAAAGAUCUGGUGGAUGUCCCAUCUCUGGAGACAUUCAAGGUCAGGCUGGAUGGGGAUCUGAGCAACCUGAUGUAGCUAGAGGUGUCCCUGUUCACUGCAGGGCAGUUGGACUAGAUGAUCUUUAAGAGUCCCUUCCAACCCAAAUGAUUCUAUGAUUCUAUGACUCUAUGAUUCUAUAAUUCUAUCAGCUCUUCCAGUAAGCACAGAAGAGACCACAGAAAACCUGAGUCUUCCCAGCUGUAGUAAAGCCUUUCCCACCCAUGGUGAUGACUUCUCAGGGAACUGUGGCAUUGAGAUUUAAGCUAGUGGAACCAAUGCCUUGCUACUGAACAACCAGAUUGCACCAGUGACUCCAAGACCAGCAGGACCAAAUGAACAGGAGGCCUGGAGACUCACAGCCAAUGUGAGAAGGAGGCAUUAAAUACUACAGCCUAAUUCUUAGGGGAGGAGAGUGACUUUCCAUCUGCAGAGGACAGAUGGAGGGAAUGCACCUCAUCGCUGAGAUGAGGAAAGAGCCCUGCCUGAAGCUGCUUCACAGAAACACUUCUACAGUGUGGAAAAUGUAUUCCUGACAUAACAGCAACCUCACAUAAGUGACCAGGUGGACAAAUGUACUGCUCACCCAAGCACAUUAGAUGGUAGCACUGUCCCUACAGACCACACAUCACUUUCUCCACAAAGAGAUGCUGGAAGCCUGAUUUCACCCAGGCUAUGCUAUGCUUUGCUAUGCUAUCCUAUGCUAUUCUAUUCCAUUCUAUUCCUUUCCAUUCCAUCUCAUUCCAUUCCAUCCCAUUCCAUUCCAAUAUUGCUCCAGCUCAGAGAAGGCACAAGAUUAAUUUGGCAGUUCCUUUUAUACCUGCAAAGCAUAAAAAGCCUAGUGCAAAGGCAUCCGAGGACAGAUUCAAGCAUGACUUCAGCACAUGCAAUAUUUGAUAUAUACUUACAUUAUUGGGAAUUUGUGAGGUUUGAAUAGAUUUCUGCCUCUCUUUACAUAUAUUAUUCCCGAUAUGAUAGAGUUCAUCUGAGAAAAUGUAAACAACAUCUGAGACAGAUAGUGGGAAGGAACAAGUCCCUUAGAGGAACAUGUUCAUCUCUCCCUAUUGCCUAUUUAUAUGUGUAUGCCUGUAGUUAUUUAUUUAUGUCUUAUAUAUCUACAUAUACAUAUACUACAUAUAUACACACAUGCAUAUGUAACUCUACAUCUAUGUGUACAUAGCUGUACAUAUAGAUAUACACUUGUAUACCUAGAUGUAGACCAAAUCCCUCAGUGUCUAAAGGCACUUAUUUCUCUUCAUUGACUCCGGAUGAUGCCCAAAUUAACCAGAUUACCUGUAGAUGCUUACAUGGAAUGUCAAAAAACAAACAGGAUUAAUCCCUUGUAAUUCAGUAGGCAUGACAUGUUAGUUUAGUUUUCUAUUUUGUAAUAGAGUGCGUGUCAUUACUUUACUGAGUUGUAUUCCUGUUGAGUUAUUCUCACUCCACAGCUUUGAUAUUUAUACUUUCCACAGCUUUUCUUUAUUCCUGUUGGAACAGGGCUAAUUUGUAAUAUGCAUCUUUAUAAAGAUGGUUAUAUGAUGGUCUAUUACACACUGAUAUAUUGUAUGGGAGGAAACAGCAAUCUGUAUUUAUGCAAUAGAUGAUAGGUUUUCAAACCUGCCAGCUGCUCUGAAGUGUGCAAGCAGUGGUACUGAGCUCUUCCGCUUCAUUUGUUUAAUGCACAUUAGCUACUGUUAACAUAACUCCAUUAAGCGCUGCAAUUAGGUUGGCAUGACUUGUCCCACUCACAGCAGUUGAUUGGAGAAGGCUAAUAUUUUACCUGCUUCUAGCAUGUACAUUUUUAGACAGUUAGGCAGAUAACAAGUCAUGUCUGCCAUUGCUCUGAUGACUUAUUCUACUUUCCCUAGCCAGGUUGGUUCAUGGGCUCUCUCUCCAUAUUUUGUCUUUGUUUCUUGGCAGUCGAGGGAGACACACUGCUGGUACGAGACCUGUAAGCAAUACAUACUGGAGAAAUAUUAUAGGAUUCAAUUUUCUUAGCUAUUAACGCCUACAUAGGGUCAGAACCCAGGUGAUCUCCAGCACGGGAGCUGUAUAUGUACUUUAUCAGAAAGCUGUAAGUCUCAGACCACCUGCACUUCACCUCCUAGUUGGGCUUGUUGGCCCCCUGGGGAAAUGUUUGUGUUGGAGGCUCGAUCCUUCAACACGACGCACAGAGGGUAUGGAAAUCAACAGGAUGCAGCCUGGAAGCAAAACUCCACCUCUGAAGGAGGCUGUGGCCAAAUGGGGACCGUCAUUGUCCUGCUUUCUCCAUGGCCACUCAUCUGUUUUACGUGAGGUGUGGCGUUUGAGACUUUUAUUUUGUAAACUUUGAUUUUCUCAGCACGGAAUGAUCAAUAAACUAUAACAAUAAAUUA